AUGGCUCCAACUAUCAUUCACUCUGUCUUGCUCUUUGAUGGUACUUCUGUACACCAUGAUGCUACUGUCUCCUUUGAUUCAUCGACUGGGUUGAUCAUCUCGGUCUCCAAAGAGAAGUCGGGCUUUCCACAAGGUGCCACAGUGAUUGAUGGCAAUGGUCAUACUCUUCUGCCUGGCUUGAUAGAGUCACACAUGCAUGUGCAUGGUCUGCACCUACCAGAGGGUUCGGACGAGAACGACAUACUUCGGAGUCCUUUGAGGAGCGGUGUAACCACGGUCUGUGAUAUGCACUCAGAUCUCGGAGCUGUCAAUAAAUGGCGAGACCGCGUCGCAGAAGAACUGAAACAAGCAAAGGCCGGAAGCACCAGUGUUUCUCUAUCGGAUUUGAAGACCGCCCUUCUUGGUGCAACGAUCGCUGGCGGGUGGCCUGGUCCGAUUGUACUGGGUCCGAAUCCGACAGACGAGUUAAAAGCAUAUGUGAGCACGUGGCCCACACUAACCGAAGAAAAUGCCGCCGAGUUCGUCAAGAAGCACAAGGCUGAGGGAGCCGACUACAUUAAAUUGAUGCAGGAGAACUGUUGCUCAUUGGCCCUCCCGACAGACUCGAUCCCAUCAGCUACCCUCGAGCUACAGACUGCUGUCGUGAAGGCAGCUCACGCCGAGAGCCUACCAGUCGUCGGACAUGCCACCAGUCUGGGUUCAACCGAGAUUGUCCUCAACGCCGGAGCAGAUGGCUUGACCCACACUUUCAUCGACCAAGCACCACCCCAGAGCAUCAUUGAUCUGUACAAGAAGACCAAUGCAUUCGUGAUUCCAACCUUGGUAGUCUUGAGUAGUUUGACCGGAGAGUUCCAAGAAGACCGAGAUCGGUUCGCUGACAUCGCCUUUAAACGUGGUGUGGUCGAUCAAGGCACCAGACAAAACAUGAUUGAAUCCCUCAGUCUCAAAGCACCCGAGGCCAAAAUGGAGUAUGCCUUUGAAACCAUCAGAAAGCUGAAACAGGAGGGCAUCGAUGUCGUUGCAGGUACGGACGCGGUUGCAGGUCUCAAAGGAACGGGUAUCGGACCCAGUCUGUGGCAUGAGCUUGAAUGGUAUGUCAAGAAGUGCGGGUUUAGCAUUCCGGAGGCAUUGACGUCUGCCACGGCCACCCCAGCACGGCGAUUCGGUUUUGGCGAUCGCGGUGUUGUGGCUGAGGGUAAGAGAGCAGAUCUCGUGUUGGUCAAGGGUAACGUGACCGAGAAGCUGCAGAGUCUAUGGGAAGGCGAAGGGAUUGUCGGAGUAUGGAAGCAAGGAUUCAAGGCUUCGGGUUGA